AUGUCCGAACACCAGAGCCAAAGUAAUGUCAUCAAGCAACUGGCGCUGGCCUUGAACCGCAUCCGAGCGACUCCUCCGCGUAUCAUCUCCUCGCCGCCUACCCAACCCCGACGAGCAUCGGUUUCGCUUAUAAUCCAUGUCCGGCCUCCCGCUCACCUCCUGGACCGAGCCGAUCUGCUCCCGCCUACGCCCCCGACUUUGAACGAUUUUUUCAGACUCGACUGGGUCAACCAUCCCGACAGUGUUGCCGAGCUACUUUACAUCCGCCGAGAAGGCAGAGACGGCAAGGGCGCAGACAGCCAUGUUGCCUUUCCGGGAGGGCGCUCUGAGGAAGGCGACGAGGGUGCGUUGUACACCGCCAUGAGACAAACGUGGGAGGAGAUUGGGCUUGACUUGGCUGACAAUGAGUGGACAUGUGUUGGACAACUCGAUGACAGAGAGAUUACGACUAGUCUUGGAAAGCGUCUGCUUAUGAUACUUAGCCCAUUUGUAUUCUUGCACCUUUCUCCCCACCCUCCUCACAUCGAUAUUCAGGAGGACUCUCAGACUACUGUACAUGCCAUUCCUAUCGGGAUCCUACCUCCAUUCAACAAAAACCCCAAGACCACGUUCGUAGAAGUCGACAUUGCAUCUCGACUUGCUCCGCGAAACUCGUUCGCCCGCGUCUUUGUACGAUCGCUAAUUGGCAAUAUGAAGUUCGGCGCGGUGUUGCUCCCUCCUCGUACGGCGAUCGCAGAGUCUCCAUCUUCGCUGACUCAGAAGCAGGAUUUGAAACUAUGGGGGCUAACUCUCGGGAUGACUUUGGAUUUAGUCCAAAACAUGCUCGAAAAGAUGAAUGCUAGGCCUCUAGCACCUACUGCGGCGUCGGCUGUGUUCCUAGGGGAGGGAGCUGCCAGCAUGACCUCCAUCUUCCCUCGCUUCUCUAUUCCCGACGUAAACUUGUGGAUUUGGGUAUUUGGUAAACGCUACCGAGACGUUAUUCGAGCAUGGGAGGCCAGUAUGUCCCAAUCUGGAACAAAUGACAGACGAAUUAAUUGGUCUGGCUCCGCUUUGAACGCAUUCUACGGAGCAGUUAGGCGAGCACUUGUGGUUGUUAUUAUACUCCGUGCACUCGGGCUUUUGGGAGCAUUGGCUGAAAGCAAACAGCGCCCAGACAGAGAGCAGUACACUUCUCAAGCGAUGUCGAACACUGUCAAAAUUACCGUGUCCCAAGCGGACAUUGCAAAGAUGAUUGACCUCGCAUUGUUACAACCCAACAUGACGGACGAGGAGAUUCGUGCAGGACUAGAAACAGCCAAAAAGUUCAAGACGGCCACGGCAUGCAUCAAGCCAUAUUCUAUCCCAAUGGCCAAGGAGGUCCUAGGCGAUUCGGGCGUGCUGAUAUGCCCGGUGAUUGGAUUCCCGCACGGAAAUAGCGCGACAAAGGUCAAGGUGUUCGAGGCUUCCGAAGCGGUUAAAGCUGGUGGACAUGAGAUUGAUAUGGUCAUCAAUGUGAGUUGUGGGAAAGCAUUGAGUGGAGAGUGGGAGUAUGUCGAGGACGAGAUCAAACAGAUCAAUGAUGCGGUUGUUGGGGAGGAUCGAUCCUCAAAGUCAUAUUCGAAGUUAAACGACUAUCUCAAGGAUGAACACAUUAUCAAAUUGUGUGAGAUAUGCACAAAGAUUGGAGUCGCGUUUGUCAAGACCUCGACCGGCUAUGGAUUCAAGAAACAGAGCAACGGGAUGUAUUCAUACGAUGGUGCAACAAUUCCCCAUUUGGCACUUAUGCGAAAACAUUGCCCGCCAUCGGUCCAGAUCAAAGCGGCUGGUGGAGUGAAGACAUUGGAUGACUUGCUACGUGUCCGUGCGAUGGGGAUCACACGUGUGGGGGCAUCCGCUGCCCCUGCUAUUAUUGCUGAAGCGGGCAAGCGCGGGAUCGGCGAGACGCCAGUCGAAGUCGAGCCUAUCGCACAGGACAUGGCGGGUGCCUCGGCGCGAGCACAAGCAUUAGCCCAGGCAGAGAUAAACGGUAUCAACCAUGAAGACGCAUCCAAGGGCGCCGUUCCACACACAUUCGAUCCCAACAUGACUCCCGCCGAAAAGGCAGCCGCUGCAGGCAAGGGACGCGAUGAACUCAAAAGCAUCGGAGCCCAGGAAAGAAAGGAGGAGGCGAGAGAGCUCCCUGUCGAUACUGGCGAGGGUCCGAACCCAGCACCGACGAUUACCAUCGAGGAUGUUGACAAAGCAACGAAAGAAGUCCUCGAAGAAUCCAAUACUCUGAAUGGACAGCCAAUGCCAGGCAUGAUUCCUGAAGGUGCCGCUCCGCCCAUCCCAGAUUGGUACAAGGUCGGAUGGCGCGCCCAGGCCGGCAUCGACGAUCCUACCCCCUCGGAAGAAGAACGAGACAAGGGGGUUCUCGAGCAAUGGCUCAGCGAGAUGUACUACGGUGACUGGUAUCACAACGCUGGUGUCAUUUUCUUUGCUAUCGCGAUGUCUCAUUAUAUGACACUAUUUCGUAUGGGAUGGGGCUGGCUGUUUGUACUACUCGCGUUCUGUGCGACGUACUACAAGACUUCGAUCGAACGUUUCCGUCGCCGUGCGAGGGAUGACAUUCAGCGCGAACUCGUCAAGUCUCGACUCGAAACCGACCAUGAAUCAGCCAAUUGGAUGAACAACUUCAUGGAUCGCUUUUGGCUUAUCUAUGAACCCGUCCUUUCCGCUUCCAUCGUAGCCGCCGUAGAUCAGGUUCUCUCCGCAUCAACCCCCGCAUUUUUGGAUUCGCUUCGUCUAACAGAAUUCACACUCGGCACCAAGGCUCCUCGUAUCGACAAGGUAUACACUAGCCAUCGUACUGAAAAUGACGUCGUACAGAUGGUCUGGGGGUUCUCUUUCACCCCCAAUGAUCUCAUGGACAUAACCUAUCGUGAGGCACAAGCCAAGGUCAACCCCAAGGUUGUUCUCGAAGUCCGUGUAGGCAAAGGUCUGGCCACUGCCGGCAUGCCCAUCCUGGUUGAAGACAUGAGUUUCUCUGGCACCAUGCGCGUCAAGCUCAAGCUCAUGACGGCGUUUCCUCAUGUCCAAACCGUCGAACUCAGCUUUUUGGAGCCUCCCAAGUUUGAUUAUGUGCUGAAGCCUAUUGGAGGAGAUAAAUUCGGUUUCGAUAUCAGCAAUAUCCCUGGUUUGUCGAGCUUUAUCCGCGACACGGUCCACUGGGUCUUGCAGCCAAUGAUGUACGAUCCUAAUGUAUUCACCCUUAACUUGGAACAACUCUUAUCGGGUGCACCAUUGGAUGCUGCCAUCGGUGUUUUGCAGGUUACCAUCUUCGAUGCUCGUGGUCUCAAAGGUGCUAAAAUCGGAGGCGGCACACCUGACCCAUAUGUCAGCCUCACGAUCAAUAACCGCUCUGAAAUGGCCAGGACCAGGUACAAGCAGAGCACAUACAACCCACACUGGGGUGAAGUCAAAUUUUUGGUUAUCAACUCGCUCACGGAAACACUCAAUUUCUCGAUUUUGGACCACAACGAUCAUCGCAAGGACACUGAUCUUGGAAGUGCUUCGUUUGAGCUGUCGGCUUUGACCGAGGAUGGAACUCAGGAAGGUUUAGUCAGGAAGGUAUUGAAAGACGGCAAAGAGCGAGGCGAAAUCAAGUUUGAUAUAGCUUUCUUCCCGGUUUUGAAGCCCCAGACCCUGGAUGGCGGCAAGGUUCAACCUUUGCCCGAAACGAAGGUCGGAAUUGUGCGUUUGGUUAUUCACCAGGCCAAGGAAUUAGAUUCAAGCAGGUCAAUGUCGGGAGAUCUCAAUCCGUUUGCCAAACUCUUGAUCCGCCAUCGCGAAAUCCACAAGACCAGCGUCAUGAAGCACACACUCGGGCCUGUAUGGGAAUCACCAAAGGAGUUCUUGGUCACUGAUAAAUCGUCCACGGUAGUAACUAUCAAGGUUAUCGAUGAUCGCGACUUUUUGAAAGAUCCUAUGGUCGGAUAUAUGAACAUUCGCCUAAAGACCUGUUGGCAGCCCGUGAAAAGCAACAAGAUUGGUUCCCACUCAGGGUGUAAAUCCGGUAAAAUCCGCAUCUCUGCCGAUUGGAAACCCCUCAAUAUGGCUGGCAGUAUGCAAGGCGCAGGCUCUUACUCUCCCCCCAUCGGUAUCGUGCGCCUCUGGAUCAAACGCGCCAAGGAUGUCAAGAACGUUGAAGCUACACUUGGCGGAAAGAGUGACCCGUACGUGCGCGUCAUGCUCAACGCGGUUACAAUGGCCCGAACCGAGGUGAAGAACAACAAUCUGAACCCCGAGUGGGAUCAGAUCGUAUACGUGCCCGUUCACAGCUUGCGCGAAACUUUGUAUCUCGAGUGUAUGGACUACCAGCACCUUACCAAGGACCGCUCGCUUGGAUUCGUAGAACUUCCUGUUGCCGGGCUUGCUCAACAAACCGAUGACGAACGUCUUCCUUAUGCCGGAACCGGAAAGCGCGACGUCGCCGAUCCUAUCCGGUUGGACAAGGGCCAGUUCAAGGGCGAAUUGCAUUACACUGCCGAGUUUAUUCCUGCUCUUGCGCUCCAGGGUAUUAGCUUCGAGGGAGUAGACGACAUUCAGCGUGCGAUCGAUCGCGCCAAGGGUGCACAUGAGGACGAAGAAGGCUUUGCUAGCGGCGAUGAGAGCUCCAUGUCCAGUUCAGAUGAAGAAAUUCAGCGCGUUCCUCACCACAUUACCGUCAAUUCUAAAGGUCACCGCGUCAGUAGUCACAAGCGUGUCAAGAGCGCCGAUACCGUUCGCACUGGCCAGACGGCUGCUACAGAUACCGAAGAGAGCGAGCUUGAGGAUGAGACUCCUGCGGAAGAGCACAAGGGAGAAUCCGGUAUUUUGGUCUUCAAUAUUAUGGAAGGGCACAUUGCCAAGAAGGCACGGCUAGAAGUAUUGCUCGACGAUGGAUAUUGGCCCGUGUUUGGUAGCGAAAAGGCUCGUAGUGUCCAGGCUCACUGGGAUCAAGUUGGCGAAGGGUUCAUCAAGGAACUCGACUUUGGUCGCGUCUGGCUCCGCCUCAACGAAAACGAUGAGGGCGAGAAGGAGGAUAUUAUUGCAGAACUCAAGAUUAGUGCCAAGCAAUUCCUUGAGGAAGCAUUGGCAAGUCUACUGGCUGGGCCAGCGACGUUCAAGCUCACUGAUCAAGAUGGCAAAAAUACGAGUACCGUUAAAAUCCAGGCCAAGUACGUCCCUGUUGAGAUCAAACUUGACCCAAGAGAGAGCAUAAACAACAUGGGUGUCCUGACCGUCGAGUUGGUCGACGGAAGGGAGAUUCCCGCGGCUGAUCGCAGUGGCAAGUCCGAUCCAUUUGUUGUGUUCAGUCUCAAUGGGUCCAAAGUAUUCAAGAGUCAGACCAAAAAGAAGACCCUUGCUCCAGAAUGGAACGAAAAAUUCGAUGUCUCGAUACCCUCCCGAGUUGGCGCUGACUUCUCCCUCGAAGUGUUCGACUGGAACCAAGUUGAAGCGGCCAAAUCUCUUGGUGGGAGUACCAUCCGUCAUAUCCCGUUGAGCUCCGCAAAGCAUGGGGACAAGGGCUUUAUCCAAAUCCAAAUGUUGUUCCGUCCCGAAAUCAUUGCCAAGGCACGCACCAAGACAUCAACAUUCUCAACAGCUGGACGUGCUAUGACCCAGGUUGGAGGCGUACCACUUGGAGCUGGUCGGGCCGUAGGACGCAAAAUCGGUGGUUUGUUCGGACGUGACAAGGAUAGCUCUGAAGAAUUACCUGAAGUACCACCUCUUCCUCAAGUAGUCGAAGACGUCCCAGCUGCAAACGGUAACGGGGCCACAAACGGAAGUGUGGGUUCAGCUACAGGAAUGGCAAUCAAACCCUGCUCGCCAACCCCUGGACCUGGUACACUCAAGGUUACUCUGCACCGGGCCAAAGAUCUUGUUGGUAUCGAGGAGGGAGACGUUGCUAAGCCGUUUGUGAUUCUGAAGAUUGGCGAGAAGGACCAUAAGUCCAAGCACGUGAAAAGCAAUACCCCGGAGUGGAACGAGACAUUUAUUUUCCCCAACACCUCAACGGAUAUCAGGACGUUAAAUGUUACGAUUCUGGAUAGGAAAACAUUUGGCAAGGACCCGAUACUUGCCGAUGGCACCGUCGAUAUCUGGCGAUAUAUCCAACCUUUGUUCACUCCACCUAUCCUCAGCGCGGAGUCACCGCCCGCUCAACGAUAA